CUCAGAUGGCUCCUGCGAAGAAAGGUGGCGAGAAGAAGAAGGGACGCUCUGCCAUCAAUGAGGUGGUAACUAGGGAAUAUACCAUCAACAUUCACAAGCGGAUCCAUGGCGUGGGCUUCAAGAAACGAGCACCGCGUGCUCUCAAAGAAAUCCGUAAAUUUGCGAUGAAGGAAAUGGGUACUCCUGACGUUCGCAUUGACACCAGAUUGAACAAAGCAGUCUGGGCUAAGGGAAUAAGGAAUGUCCCUUACCGUAUCCGCGUGCGCUUGUCCAGAAAGCGCAACGAGGAUGAAGACUCCCCAAACAAGCUCUACACACUGGUCACCUAUGUACCAGUCACAACAUUCAAAGGACUACAGACAGUCAAUGUGGAUGAAAAUUAAACUGAUUUUCGUUACAAU